AUGGCAAAGGGGUUAGCAGUGUUGAUGAGUGUGCUCCUUUUUGUGCUGGCUGCCCCUAGUAAGGCCGACACGCAAGACGGGCCUGGCUCCUCGAGCCAUGGUGGGUCUGCACCGACACACAUACACUUCUACUUCCACGACAAGAUUACUGGCCCAUCACCGUCCGCUGUGAAGGUAGUGAACCCACCGAACAACACAUCACUGACCUCAUUUGGUGUGAUGUUUGUCAUGGACGACCCGUUAACUGAGGGGCCCGAUCCUGCAUCAAAGCCCGUGGGCCGGGCCCAGGGCAUGUACCUCUCAGCAGACCAAGCUCGGAUAGGCUUCCUACAAGCCAUGAAUAUUGUGCUCACCGUUGGGCCAUAUAAUGGUAGCAUGAUCACCGUCCUCGGCAGCAACCACAUAAACGACAAUAUCCGUGAGAUGCCGGUCGUCGGUGGCACUGGGGCCUUCCGCUUCGCUCGUGGGUAUGCCCAGGCCCAUACCCACUUUUUGGACCCAAAUAGACUCGACGCCAUCGUUGAAUACAAUGUCUAUGUUUUCCAUUGAUCUUCAAACAAUGCUUUGAGUGUGUAAUAAUGGAGAAUUCAUGCAAGGUUUGGCUUAGUUACUCAUGUCCAAUGUUUGUUCUGUAUGUUAGGGUAUGCAUUCGGUUCCCUUUGUUGUGGUACAGUUAUUUUCCCAAAUUAAUCCAUAUGAUCAACAAGGACUAGC